AUGUCCCGACAGGUGGAGGAAGAGAGAAGUUUGGCGCUUGCCCAGAGAUGGCCCAAAACAAGCACAUUCAUACUGUCGUCCUUCGCGUCUAUCGUGGCCGAGAUAUCAACCUUUCCUCUUGAACUCACAAAAACUCGACUCCAGAUGCAAGGAGAAGCUGCACUUAACCGUAACCGUUUUUUCAAAGACAGUACCCCCUACCGGGGCAUGAUAAAGACAACCAUUGGCAUCAUACAGGAGGAAGGCUUUCUAAAGCUUUGGCAAGGAGGAAUAUCUGCAAUUUAUAGACAAGUAGUGUAUUCUGGGUUCCGAAUGGUCAUCUAUGAAUAUCUUCGUGACUCUGUUUUUGGGAAAUCCGAAAAUAACAUAUUUCCUCUUUGGCAAUCAGUCAUAGGAGGAACAUUGUCUGGUGCAUUGGCUCAGUUUUUUUGUACCCCUGCUGAUCUGGUGAAGGUUCAAAUGCAGAUGGAAGGAAUAAGGAAACUCCAAGGAAAGCCUUUACGAUUUCAUGGUGUGCAUCAAGCCUUUCUAAAAAUCUUGAAAGAGGGAGGAAUGCGUGGCCUUUGGGUAGGCUGGGUGCCAAACGUCCAGAGAGCUGCCUUGGUGAACAUGGGAGAUUUAGUCACUUAUGAUUCAGUGAAGCGCUUGUUAUUAUUGAACACAUCACUUGAAGACAAUGUAAUGACUCAUGGCUUGGCAAGUAUAAGCUCUGGACUGGUAGCUUGUGUUCUGGGAACACCAGCUGAUGUCAUCAAAAGCCGAGUGAUGAAUCAACCAACAGAUGAAAAAGGAAGGGGACUGCUGUAUAGGUCUUCAACUGACUGCUUGAUUCAGAGUGUAAAAGGUGAAGGAUUUCUGAGUCUAUAUAAAGGCUUUUUACCAGGUUGGCUGAGAAUGAUACCUUGGUCAAUGGUAUUCUGGCUUACUUAUGAAAAAAUCAGAUUUCUGAGUGGAGUUGAUCCAUUUUAA